UUGGUCGUGACGCGUCACGUCACACGCUUCCUUUCAGCGUAACACGCCCCCAACAUCAUCCAUUCAUAUUAUAGUAUUCUAUUUAUAAAUUGACAAUUAAUCAAAUAAAAUGGCUUAUCUACAAUCAUUGCCCAAAUCUGAAACUAUAAGGCUCCGGGAGAAACACGUUGGAGCGGCGUGCCAAUUAUUCUUCCGAUCAUCACCCCUGAAAAUUGUGCGUGGUGUCGCUCAGUUUAUGUACGAUGAAACAGGCGAGCGAUAUCUGGAUUGCAUCAAUAAUGUAGCUCAUGUUGGCCAUUGUCAUCCACACGUUGUCGAAGCUGGCAGAAACCAAAUGUCUCUUAUAUCAACAAACAAUCGUUAUCUACAUGAUGAACUGGUUAUCCUCGCUGAGAGACUGGUGCAGACAUUCCCUGACCCACUGUCUGUUUGUUUUUUUGUCAACUCUGGAUCAGAGGCAAACGACUUAGCGCUGAGAUUGGCAAGGAUUUAUACUAAGAACAAAGAUAUUGUAACGUUGGACCACGCUUAUCAUGGUCACCUUACGUCUAUGAUCGAUGUCUCUCCAUACAAACUGAACCUACCCGGAGGCCCCGAGAAGCCAGAGUGGGUUCAUGUGGCCCCUGUUCCUGAUGUAUACAGAGGAAAAUACAUAUACCCAAAUGACUCUCAGUCAGAAGAGGAGUUAGGUGAAAUGUAUGCGGAUGAAGUUGGCAAGAUAUGCAAAGAUAUUGUCAAGAAAAAUGGUGGCGUUUGUGCCUUCAUAGCAGAGAGUUUACAGAGCUGCGGUGGACAAAUCAUACCUCCCGAAGGAUACUUGAAACGAGUAUAUGAACAAGUUCGAGAGGCAUCAGGCAUAUGUAUUGCUGACGAAGUCCAAGUGGGCUUCGGUCGUGUUGGCACUCACAUGUGGGCAUUCGAGACUCAAGAUGUGGUACCCGACAUCGUGACCGUAGGGAAACCAAUGGGCAAUGGUCACCCGGUGGCUGCAGUCAUCACAACACCAGAAAUUGCCAAGAGUUUUGCUGACACCGGCGUAGAAUACUUCAAUACGUACGGAGGUAAUCCGGUUUCGUGCGCCAUCGCGAAUGCAGUUCUCGAUGUCAUAGAAGAAGAGCGCCUUCUAGAACGUGCAACCCGUGUUGGCAGCUACUUGCUAGCUCGCUGCAAUGAUCUCAAGUUAAAGCAUAGGCUUAUUGGCGAUGUGCGGGGUAGGGGACUAUUUGUGGGAGUGGAGCUAGUUACAGAUAGAGAGGCCAGAACACCAGCUACAGCAGAAGCGAAGCAUAUUAUUAACAGAAUGCGAGAAGAAAAGAUCCUGAUUAGUCGCGACGGACCUGACAGUAAUGUGCUCAAGUUUAAACCACCAAUGGUAUUCAGUACUCAAGAUGCUGACCGCCUGGUUGAUACGUUAGACAGAGUGCUGGCUGAGCUGGAUGGUAAUAGAAUCCCAGUCACAAAUCUUAAACUUGAGGUGUUGGUUACGCCUAUAACCGAAGAUAUGUCACGAAGUGAUGCAAUCGCAAAUAAAAAUAUACAGAGCAUUAAAAGUUCAUGACUUUCUCACUAUUAAUUAGAAGUCCAAUAAGUAUUAUCAACAAUAACAUUGUAAAUAUAGAUAUAGGUAUUUUUGUAAAUAUUUCACUAAACAACUUUAUUUUAAGAUUAGUAAUAAGUACAUAUUCUUACAUUAAAUUGUAAUUACACCAUUGUGUAUAAGUAAUAAUUCAAAUCUCGUAGUAAUUGAUAUUUGAAUGUAAUAAAGUUUUAAAUUUUAUUAUAGAACAAACUAUGAUAUGACAACAAUUCGAUGAUUAGUAAUUUUAUGAAAUAAAUAAAAUCAUAAUCCUAUAAUAUAACGUGAGGAGUAUUUCGUCACUUUAGCUGUUAGUAAAAUGUUGGCUACGUUGAUGCCGAGACUUUCGUUAGUCUAAAUAUAGACACUACAGAUGGGAAGGAACGCUGUAGGUUACUUUAUUGGUAGAACAGCGGCUUGAUUACGUAAUGCAAAUACUGUAAUUUUCAUGCGAAACAAAUUGAAAUUGACUGUUUUGUAAUUAGUAUGAAUCAUUUGACAGCUGCAGUUAUAAAAUGAAUUGUUUUUUUUAUUUGAGUAAACGUAAAAUUGUAUUUUUAUGUUAUGAAUGAUAAUUGUUAAUUAACCUGCUGACCUACAUUUUUUUCUCUAUUUU